AUGGGUGAGCUGGGCUUAGGUUGGGAAAUUCUUUUAACUAUUUGUGACAUUUUGAACAUUGGCCCUCCAGUUUAUAGUGAUAGUGCUUACCAAAAACACAAUCAAUCGGUGAAUCUAGCAACAAGAAAAGUCUUGGAAGAAAGAUUGAACAUUGGCGCGGCUGGUCGACUUGAUAUUGUAAUGAAAGAGCUGAAAAUGUCUGCUGGUUUUUAUACAAAAACUGGAAGUGGGAGAAAGAAUGACAAGAGAGUAAAACAAGCAAAUGCAAGGGCCCAGGUGAAGUUCAAGGAAGCAAGACAGAAGAUUCAACAGGCAAAAUUGGCGGAAGAGGCAAGAUCGAACGCACGGAAAGGAGUAACAUAUGAGAGCGCGGCAUUUAACGUGGAUUGUUUUAGUGGUUCAACUAAGAGAAAGAGGAUGACAGGAAAAGUAGUGGUAAAAAGGGCAAAAGCAAGCUGCCAAGAAAAGAAUAGAGCCUCAAACACUCUUAUAACACUCAAACAACAAGUUCCAACGGAAAUUAAACUUUAA